UUCCUGGCUCGUCUCGCUUGCUCUAGGUUUGUAACUGCCAAAUAGCAAGAUGUCUUCAGGAAAUGCCAAAAUUGGGCACCCUGCCCCCAACUUCAAAGCUACAGCUGUUAUGCCAGAUGGUCAAUUUAAAGAUAUUAGCCUGUCUGACUACAAAGGAAAAUACGUUGUGUUCUUCUUCUACCCUCUUGACUUCACCUUUGUGUGCCCCACGGAGAUCAUUGCUUUCAGUGAUCGGGCAGAAGAAUUUAAGAAGCUCAACUGCCAAGUGAUUGGUGCCUCGGUAGAUUCUCACUUUUGUCAUCUGGCAUGGAUCAAUACACCCAAGAAACAAGGAGGACUGGGACCCAUGAACAUUCCCUUGGUGCCGGACCCUAAGCGAGCCAUUGCUCAGGAUUAUGGCGUCUUAAAGGCUGAUGAAGGCAUCUCUUUCAGGGGUCUUUUUAUCAUUGAUGAUAAGGGAAUCCUUUGGCAGAUCACUGUAAAUGACCUCCCUGUUGGCCGCUCUGUGGAUGAGACUCUGAGAUUGGUUCAGGCCUUCCAGUUCACUGACAAACAUGGUGAAGUGUGCCCUGCUGGCUGGAAGCCUGGUAGUGAUACCAUCAAGCCUGAUGUCCAGAAGAGCAAAGAAUAUUUCGCUAAGCAGAAAUUAGCCCUGGGUCUGUUAAGGGUUAGGCUGCAAUAAGCAGCCAUAAGAACAAAACUUUGCUAUUGUCAUGCUUUAAACAUGAGAUCUUAGACUCGACCAGAUGUGGUUUGGGAUUGGAACAGUCUUUCCUGUAGGGGUUGGGAGGGGUCAGCUUCCUUGGCAAGAAUAGCCUGAGUUGUAUUUUGGGGGCAGGCCAGCAGAUGUGUAUAGUAGAUAAUGCCUUUGACCUUUUGUAGUUCCUAUUAAACUUGAACUGAGA